CGCUGCUCCGAACGUUGGCAGCCCUGCUCGGUGCGAGUCUCCGCUCGUUCAAAUUGAAUUGAUAGAGUCCGUUACCGUUGAUGGAACAGCCAUCCCUUUCUCAGUGUGCAUUUAACUCGAGAAGAUGCGAGUUCCCGGGCUAGAGACGUGCCAAAGUACGACGUGAGGACCGCGACAAAAUAAACAACGCACCUUCCGUUACGCCUGAUAACACUUCAAUCGCUGCGUUUCUGUAAACGGAACGUUCCGCAGGUUUUGUACUGCCGGUCGAGCGAUUUGCGACCCUGUAUAUCUGAAUUACAGUUUACCGAGUGAGAUUGCACGGGAUGGAUCCGUCCAAUCCAGAGUCCAAGGUCGGGAACCUGGACAGGCUUCGUUACAGCAUGCUGCUCGCCCCGUUUCAGCCGGCGACGAGGAUCGAGCUGGACACAAAAAUAAACACCACUGUAGAGUGUCAUCUAGAUGUCAGAAACGCUGGCGACAAGACGUUAAACGUGUCCGUGACGAAGCUACCGUCUGCGGAGCGUCGGAUUGCCCUGAGCGUGUCCGAGCUGGAGAUUGAAGGGAACAGCAAUGGUACAAUACAGAUCAGCUGGUCGCCCAAAGAAGCUGGAUGCUGGCGAGACAUUCUGCAACUUACCGAUAGUAAACGAAUUAAAUACGACAUUGUCAUAGCGACGACUGCUAGGGACGAUAAGAAAGGCAACAAGGUCAAAAGGCGAGCGAAGCCGACUCUGUCGUCGAACUCGGUGAGUUUCCCCGCGUCGACGGCGAGCAGGCAAUUUCAUCGCAACGGCGCGCUGAAGGUCCCAGCCGGCCGGUCCUUGACGAAAACUUUUGACGCGCGAGUAGAACAAUCCAAGUCCAAGUACGACAGAGAUCUGGACAAGGAGAAUAUCUUUGACAGAAAUAACGAAGCGAAGCCCUGCGACUGCGCGUCGCGACCGAAGGACAGCAGAGUCAACGGAAUGUAUAGCGCGCACGACAAGCGGGAGAGUAUCUUGUGGGAGCAAGGUACGAACGUGUGGAACGACGGUAGUGUUCUGCCGCAGGUCCUGCUGCCUACGAACGGGCCGCAGGAUAUCCGCAGAGCCACGUACGUUAAGGAGAGCGGACCUCGCGGCGGUCAGCUGUACGAGCACAGCGGGCAGGUCGACAAAAGUACGGACCGUGACAAAGACAAGGCCCAGAGCGACUUUUCCAUACUUUUGAAUAAAUUCACGUUCACGGGCGUGAUCUCGAGUUCCCCCGAGCCGACGAGGAAGGAGUCGACGGAGUCCACAACUUUGCAGAUUGUAGACAAGCACAGAACGUUCAACGUCAGUCACAGUCAGUUCUUCGAGACGUCCGGCUUUGAGACGUACGACACGAAGGCGGCAACUGCGUCGCAGCCGGCGGGCGUGUACAACUUGUCGCCGAUUAAACCCGACGGAUGCCACCUCGUAGACGACAUCAAGGAUUUAAUUUUGUCGCCGAUUCAACUUCGACACCACGUUACACCGAAAGAUCCCACCAAGUACGCGAGGCAUCUCAGGCUGGACGUAAAUCCAAGUAUCCAAACAACCAGUUGCGAAUACUACAGUUUCGAGGUCAUUCCGAGGACUGGCGAGGCCGCCCAAAAAACGGGAGAGAUGUACAUCGAGAUUUCUCCGCCGAAGAAGCAUUUUCACUCUAAGGUGGUGUCUAUGUCGGUAUCGAAGCUGAACACCCCGAAAACCGGCAGGGUUACAAAAAACAGUGCCCUGUGCGGCAGUGGAAACCGAAAGAAGUUGCAACUAAGCGAAUCUGCUGCGAAGGGGAAUACGAGGAAUGUAGCAGCGAUCAAGCUGAACGCAUUGUCCCUCAGUACCUUGCGUGAUACGAAGUGGCACAAUCCGUCGUCCGUUAGAGAUCCGAGUCUGAGAAUACGAAACAAAGAGGAGUACUUCAUCUAUGAAACGUGCGGACUGGACCCUUUCGCGCCGUCCACAACGGAGGAUCCAUUUCUGAAAAACUUGGUGCACUUUGACGAGCCGUGGCUGCUGCAGCAAGAGCUGGCGUUCACAAAGUGGUUGAACGCCCUGCUGUCUUCCCCGGAGGAUUUGUCCGUCGACAUUGAAACCGCCGUAACGGACAUCGGCAAGGUGUGGCAAACGUGCAAUGCGCAGAAGAGUACUGUACUGGCGGAAACUAAGGAAGCUGUGUCGGCUAGGUAUCACACGAAUACGAGAUUAAAUACGUUACGAAAAGCCGCAAGUGCCAUGUUCAAACGCGACGAAGUCACGCAGGUUCUUUCACGCACCAAUCUGUACAUCACCAAGGGAACUUUGUGUAUCCGACCGGAUCGUAAUCUUCAUCGCGAUAUCGGCUUGCAGAAGCUGAUAUUGGGCUUGUUCCUGAGUUACAAUCCUCUGUGGCUACGUAUCGGCCUGGAAACCGUGUACAGCGAGAACAUCUCGCUACGCUCGAACAACGACAUCGUCGGGCUGACUCGCUUCUUGUUAACGAGAUUCUUUUCGGAUCCGCGGCUGACGAAGAUGCCCAGCUACCAUAAAACCGACCCGAAGCGGAAGUUCGUCGUGCAGCUGAACCAGUUCAUCCUGAAAAAGUUCCUGUUUCUGGUGUACUUUCUGGACUACGCCAAGCAGCACAAACUGAUCGGCCACGAUCCGUGCCUGUUCCACAAACGCGCCCAAUAUAAGGAGAGCCGCGAGAUCUUGCUGAGUUUCUCGCGCGAGCUCCUGAGCGGCAUCGGCGACGUGACCAGGCUGCUGCGUGUCCACGACUACGUGCUCACUCAUCGGCAGACCUACAUCGAGGAGUACGAUUACGCCGUGAUGAAUAUACGGCACGAUCUGCGCGACGGCGUGCGACUGUGUCGCGCGAUGGAGCUUAUUACCGGCGCCCAGGGAUUGACCCAGCGUUGCCGGGUGCCGGCGAUAUCGCGUCUGCAGAAGGUGUACAAUGUGGACCUGGCGUUGGGUGCCUUGCGGCAGACCGGCUUCGUUCUCGAGGGCGACAUAGUCGCGAAGAGCAUCGCUGACGGCCACUGUGAGAAGACUCUGUCGCUCCUCUGGCAGAUCAUUCACAAGUACCAGGCGCCGCGGUUCGACCGGGCGGCGCGGGUGAUCCAGAGAUGGUGGCGGGCGCAACUCUGGUACGUUUACACGAGGAACUUCUUGCGCGCACGUAGAGACCUGGCCGCGAUAGUAAUCCAGCGCAUGUGGAGGCGCAAGAUAGCGUCGUUCUCGGUCGGGACCGGCUGUGAACCUGAGGAACGCAAGAGGUACUUGCGCAUCCGAACAGCCGCGAUUCAGCUUCAGAGAUGGUGGAGGCAUAUGCGAGGAAAUUCGAAGAAGCUGCAGGAGCUAAGAGAGAGGCGCAAAGCGGUGGUCACGUUGCAAAGGCGAUGGAGAGCUACGUUGCUGAUGCAAGCGCAACGAGGUCGGUACCGCGACCUGAGGAAUGCCGCGUCGAUGGUUCAAAGCCGUUGGAGAGCAACGCGAGCGAUGAGAUUGCAACGGUCUGAGUAUGUUGCGUGCAAAUAUGCCACCGUGAGGAUACAAGUCUGGUGGAGGUCUGUGAAAGCCAUGCGGGAACAGCGCGAAUGGUUCCUCCGCAGCAGAGAGAACGCUCGCAUCAUUCAGACUUGGUGGAGACAACAUUUGCUGGCGCGUAAAGCGCGCGGUGACUUCCUGCAGAAGAAAACCGCCGCGCGUAGCAUCGAGAGAUGGUGGAUAGGCGUAAAGGACAGAAAGAGGUACCUCCUGUACCGGAAGAGCGCCGUUCUCAUUCAAAGAACGUGGAAGGCGUGCCGGGCGCGCAAGCGAGAAGCCGCAUGCUUGAGGAUACAAACGUGGUGGAGAGCCACGACGUGUUCGCGCAGAUACAGGCUCCGCAAGUCUUGCUGCCUGAAGCUGCAACGUUGGUGGCGCGGGAUCGAGCUUACGAGACGUCAACGCUCGGAAUUCCUGCGACUGCGGGAAGCGGCGUGCGUCGUGCAGAAGAAUUGGCGGGCGAGAACGGUCAUGCGGGACUACUUGAGGCAGCGACGGGCAGCCUUGCUGAUACAAUCGUGGUACCGCCGCGCCAGCUCGGCCAGGGCCGUCCGACGACGCUACUUGGAGAUGAGACGCGCCGCGAUACGGAUACAGAAGUGGUGGAGCAGCGUAACGGUGGCCCGUCAGGAGCGGAGGCGGUAUCUGCAGCUUCGCGAGAGCGCGGUCCUCCUGCAGACUCGCUGGCGCCGACGCGUCCAAGCGCGCGCGGAUCGCCAGCGAUAUCUGACGAUGAGGAGGGCGUGCGUCGCUCUGCAAUCAUGGUGGCGAAUGAUCAGAACGAGAAACGAGUACGAACGGUACAAGGCCCACGUGGUGAGGAUACAAAGAGGGUGGCGGGCGAGGAGAGCCGCCAAGAGGAUGCGUUCGCUGACUCGCGCAGCCAUCGUCGUGCAGGCACGCUGGAGAGCCGUGACGGCGAGGAGAAGAUUCGUCGCUUCGCGCCAGGCCGCGAUAGUCAUUCAGUCGUAUUACAGAAUGCGAGUCGCCAGGCGAAGAUACGAGACUCGCAAGUAUGCCGCGUUGAUCAUCCAAGUCUACUGGCGAGCCUACGUUGCCGGUAGACGAGAGAAAUUGCGUUAUCUGUCUCUGCGCUGGGCAACGAUCACGCUGCAGCGCCGUUACAGGCAGAAGAGGAUGGAGGACGAAGAGCAAUACUGGCGACAGCAAAACGAGUCGAUCGCUAGGAAAAUACGAGACGAAUGCGGAGAAGCUAUCCAGGGCCAGGAGCUUACCGCGAAACUCGCGCUUCCGGACAGCGACUACUGGCGAGAGACGAUCGACGGGUUGCGCGACUGCAGGAGUGUCGGGACGCUGCUCACCUGCUUGAGUAGCUUAGAUACCAUAACGAUGUUGUCACCGACCGUUGGUGUCAUUCUCUGCGAGCUGAACCUGACCGAUGACAUUUACAAUACGAUAAAGCUGAACAACAGAUCGCAGCCGUGGAUGAUGGUCUGCCGGCUAGCGUGCAGCAUUCUGAUCACCCUGACAAAGUAUUCCUACACAAGAAAAUACGUCAAGAAAGAGUAUGCAUGGAAGUUAGUGGAGCUUCUGAGCAAAUCGUUGAAGGACAAGGUGGUAUUUUUACAUUGCGCCACUUUAAUAUGGCUGCUUUGCCAGGAUGAAGAUUACUCGAAGACUAUAGCAAGGUGUCCGCAAACAAGUUGGUUGAUAAAAAGUAUCCAACAAAAGGUCGUGAAGGACGUCAAAGUUGCAACGCCAAAAUUGCAGAAAUGUAAGGACACGGAGAAAUUUUAUCCCAAUUGUGAACCCGAUCGAAACAACGUGCAGAAACCGCGCUUAUUCACCGACAUGAGUUUUGCCAUUACAGCUAUUGUUGAAAGAACAUGCACGUGAGAUUAAGGUUGGUAAAUCAUGUAUACUCGUUAAAUAAAAUUCGAUUCGCAUUGUC